AUGGGUCCCGGGCCCCCAGCGGCGGCGGCGUCCCCGCGGGCACUGUCCCUGGUCGCGCGGCUCAGCUACGCCGUGGGCCACUUCCUCAACGACCUGUGCGCGUCCAUGUGGUUCACCUACCUGCUGCUCUACCUGCACUCGGUGCGCGCCUACAGCUCGCGUGGCGCCGGCCUGCUGCUGCUGCUCGGCCAGGUAGCCGACGGGCUGUGUACGCCCCUCGUGGGCUACGAGGCCGACCGCGCCGGCGGCCGCUGCGCCCGCUACGGCCCGCGCAAGGCCUGGCACCUGGUCGCGUCUCCCUACAUCUUCUACCCCAUCUCCAGCCGCCUGUUUCUUUUGGGGGGUGUGGUGGUUAAGGGUGCUGCCUGGGAAGCUGAGAUUCAGGGGACAGUCCAGCACCGCCACAUCCUGGCAUCUGAGGCGCCUCUGGCAUUCAGGAUCCCGGGCCAGACAUCCUGCCCACUCUCAGAAUUCCAGGCCGCCCAUGCCUUCUUGCCCUCAGGGGCAAGGACCGAGAGGGCGCCCUUUGACCCGAGCCCUCCUGAGAGUGCUUUGUACGCCUUCACCGUGGUGGCCAACAUCACUGUCUACGGCGCUGCCUGGCUCCUGCUCCACCUACAGGGCUCCCCGCACGUGGGGCCCGGCCAGGAAGUCGGUGACCAGCUGGGGGUCCAAGACGUGCCAGUGUUUCGGAACCUUUCCCUGGUGGUGGUGGGCGUCGGGGCCGUCUUCUCGCUGCUGUUCCACCUGGGCACCAGGGAGGGGCACCGACCCCCACCAGAGGAACCAGAUGAACACAGCCCCCUGCUGAGCCCGCCCGCCCGGCCCUUGCUGUUGUGGAAACACUGGCUUAGGGAGCCGGCCUUUUACCAGGUGGGCCUGCUGUAUAUGAGCACAAGGCUGAUCGUGAACCUGUCCCAGACUUACAUAGCCAUGUACCUCACCUACUCCCUCAACCUGCCCAAGAAGUUCAUCGCGACCAUUCCCCUAGUGAUGUACCUCAGUGGUUUCUUCUCCUCAUUCCUCAUGAAGCCAAUCAACAAAUGCAUCGGGAGGAACCUGACCUACUUCACCGGCCUCCUGGUGAUCCUCGCCUUCGCAGCCUGGGUGGCGCUGGCCAGCGGGCUGGGCACGGCCGUCUAUGCAGCGGCUGCGUUACUGGGUGCAGGCUGCGCCACCAUUCUCAUCACCUCGCUGGCCAUGACAGCUGACCUUAUUGGCCCCCAUGCGCACAGCGGAGCCUUCGUGUAUGGUGCCAUGAGCUUCUCAGAUAAGGUGGCCAACGGGCUGGCAGUCAUGGCUAUCCAGAGCCUGCAUCCCUGCGUCUCAGAGCUCUGCUGCACCGCCUGUGUGGGCUUCUACCACUGGGUGAUGGUGGUGGUGACGGGCGGCGUGGGCGUGGCCGCCACCUUGGCCCUCUGCAGCCUCCUCAUCUGGCCCAUCCGCCUGCGGAACUGGGACCCUGGAGCCUCACCCUGA